AUGCUUCCUCUAUCAACAUUGGUCGUUACGGCCGCAUGGCUGGCAAACUCACUCUCUCCCGCUCAAGCAGUCACAGCAGGCUCUUUUGCAGAUGGAGGGAAUACUACUGUUAGCGCAAUGAUGUUAUUUGUCGGAAAUGCACAAAAAGUUUAUGUACUCGACAAGGCAGAGGGCAAUGCUGCACAAAUCGACAAUCAUCCAGCAUGGGGUGCGGUUUGGGAUAUAGAGACACAUACGUCGUUUGCGAUGGACGUCAAGACCAAUGUCUUCUGUGCAUCUGGAAUGCACUUGCCUAACGGCUCGUACGCGACUUUCGGUGGUAACGGUGCUAUUACUGUUGGUGGGAAUAUUGGAUCAAACACCACAGACGGUGGAAGUGCCGCUUCGUAUGACAUGACAUAUCAGGACUACGACGGCCGAAAGGCUAUCCGUAUUCUCAAUCCCUGCACGAACGACGAUGAUUUCACUUCCGAAGAAUGCCAGUGGUUCGACAACCCUGAUGUACUGUCUAUGCAGAAAGAACGAUGGUACUCAGCCGCUGAACCUUUAGGUGACGGCACGAUUGUUCUCAUUGGAGGAUUUGUCAAUGGAGGAUAUAUCAACAGGAACUACCCUAACACUGAUCCCACGUACGAGGGAGGUGCCGCUGAACCUACAUACGAGUUCUACCCUGCCAAUGGCACCACCGCUACCAUCAUGCAGUUCAUGGUCAAAACAUCCGGUCUAAAUUCGUAUGCUCACACUUACCUGAUGCCUUCGGGGAAAAUGCUUGUUCAGGCCAACUAUUCAACCAUGCUGUGGGAUCCUGCUACCAAUACAGAAACCGACUUGCCUGACAUGCCCGGCGAAGUUGUCCGUGUUUACCCUGCUUCCGGAGGUGUUGCCAUGCUUCCUUUGACACCCGCCAACAACUACACGCCUACUGUCCUUUUCUGUGGUGGUUCCAACAUGACCGACGAAAUGUGGGGCAACUACUCGUGGCCUGUUAUUGAUACCUUCUACUAUCCCGCAUCAAAUGACUGCCAGCGUCUUACACCUGAGCCGGCUGAUGGCUCUACUCCUGCUUACGAACAGGACGAUGACAUGCUCGAAGGUCGUACGAUGGGUCAAUUCAUCAUUUUACCUACAGGUGAAUUGCUUAUGGUCAACGGCGGAGAGAACGGUACGGCCGGUUACUCUGAGAACACCGAUACGACUCUUGAAUAUGGACAAAUGCCAUAUGGAAUGUCCUUGGCUGCCGCUCCUGUGGGAAAGCCUGCUCUUUACAAUCCUAAUGCUCCUGCCGGUAGCCGUUGGUCAAACGAUGGCUUUGCUACUUCAACUAUUCCUCGUCUUUAUCACUCUUCCGCCAUCCUGCUUCCCGAUGCUUCCGUCAUGAUCGCAGGUUCUAACCCUAACGUCGACGUGAAUCUUACCACCUACUUCCCCACGACCUACAAGGCCGAAAUUUUCUAUCCUCCCUAUUUCUCGUCUAGUAAUCGUCCAGUUCCUACCGGCAUCCCGACCACUCUUUCAUAUGGUGGUGCUUACUUCGACAUAUCUCUUCCCGCAUCUUCCUACACAGGUUCCGCGAACGAUGCUGCAGCCAAUACUACUGUUGUGGUUGUUCGUCCUGGAUGGACCACGCACGCUCUAAACAUGGGUCAACGUUUCCUUCAGCUCAACACUACAUACACCGUCAACAGUAAUGGUACCAUAGUCAUGCAUACCUCGCAGAUGCCACCUAACGCAAAUAUCUUCCAACCUGGACCCGCAAUGGUAUUCGUCGUCGUUAACGGCAUCCCGUCCAACGGCACCUUCGUCAUAGUUGGCACUGGAAACAUCGAAACACAGCCCACUUCCUCUGCUGCAUUGCUCCCCACUAACCAACUCGCAUCUACGGACACAUCUGGUACCGGGUCCGGCUCUAACUCUUCAAGUUCAACAGACAAUAGUGCCAGUUCAUCGCACACAGGUGCAAUUGUAGGAGGGGUUGUCGGUGCUCUUGUCAUCGUUGGAAUUCUCGGCGCGCUUAUUGGCAUUUGUUUAUCUCGGCGCCGGCGCGCAGCGAACCGUGCUCCCAAUGCCUACGCGAUGAGCGAUCCAAAAACGCCUGCAAACGCUUUCAAUGUGAAUUAUGGCGGUGCGGGGGCAGGCGCGGCAGCCGGUGCCAAAGAAGGCUUGACUGCUGACCCGUAUUAUCGUCAGGAUUAUAAUGCGAGCUCUGAUUGGGCCCAGAGUAAUGUGGCGUUGAACGCACCAACAUCACCAUACCAGGACUUACCAAGGAGAGAAAACGGAAUGAGUAUGGACAUUGACCCGUACGCUGCAGAGUCGCGGAUGAGUACAAGUACACCUGAUGGUGGACGGAGACAAAGAUUCUGA